UUCUCAGCCACUUCAGAACUGUGUGGCACUGGAUGACAGAAGGAUUUGGUUUUCCUGAUCUGGAAUUUGGGAUUAAGUGGCAGAAUAAAGGUUGGAAUUUGAGAACUUCAGAACACUGGAAUGUCAACAGUUUACAUACAAUACUUUGGAAAGUAUCAGAAGGGGACUGACAAGAACUGCUGAAUCCUGGAAGAAAGAAAUUUGAGGUCCUGGUGUGCCCAUGCGGUGGUCCAUGUUAGCUCUGCUGCUCCUGUUCUGCAGCCACAAUUUGGCACUGCGAGCAGCUGAUAUUUGCCCGCAGGACAGCAACUAUGAGCACACAGCUGAUCCCAUGCCCACAGUGGACCCCAAACUCUUCAACAAGAGGCGCUACCGGUCACCUCGCGUGCUUUUCAGUGAACAGCCCCCUGAUUCAGAGCCUGCAGAACACCAGGGAUCAAAGGACAGGACAAAGAGGCGGGCAGGACAGCCACAAAAUCGUGGCGUGUACUCAGUGUGUGAGAGCGUCAGCUUCUGGGUGGGUAAUAAGACAAAAGCAACAGACAUAUCAGACAACGAGGUAACUGUGCUGCCUGAUGUCAGCAUCAAUAAUGUCAAGAAAAAGCAGUAUUUCUUUGAAACAGUGUGCAGUGAGGCCAGAACCGGGGGCUCUGGGUGUCUGGGGAUUGAUGUACGCCACUGGAACUCAUACUGCACCAACUCCCACACAUUUGUGAGAGCACUGACUUCUUUUAAGAACCUGGUGGCUUGGAGACUUAUUAGAAUUAACGUAGCCUGUGUGUGCGUGCUCAGCCGCAAGUCGUGGAGACAAUGACAGUCUGUCAUAUAAAAGUUGACUUGUAUGUUGAUGCCAUUGUAUGUCUGAUAUUCCAAACCCAAUAACAGUUAAAUAAAAAAACCCAUCAAAUAAAUCAAUAAAAAGUUUAUGAACAAGGCAUUUAUUUGAUAUGCCUUAUUACUAUUGAUCAUUUUAUGGCCUUGUGAGAGUCAGUAUCAAGCCAUAUGGUGAAAUCUUUAACAGAACUUUAGUAUCCUAUUAUUUUUCAAGAUGGACAUACUUCAUAUACUUUGCUGACAACAGAGAUUACACAGAAUGGAAAUGCUUGUUUAUGAUUUGCAUGUGUUAUGCAUAUUUUGUUAUUGUUAUUAUUACUAUUGUUAUUUAUU